AUGGACUUAGUGCUUGUCCAUAAGGCAAACCUCCUCCCCCGCUUGCUGUCCCCUCCCAGCGGGUCUCCCUCCCUUCGCCUCUGCAGUGCAAUCCUCGGUAAAGGAGCGAAAGGAGAGAGACGGAUAAAAGAGUCUGGAGCUGGGUGUAGAGCCAGGAGGAGACCUCAGAGAGCACCACAACCAUAUAUUUUUUUGUAUUUUUCGCCAGAACUCGGCGGCCUACCGACUCCCCCCUGUUGUACGCCUUUUCCGCUCACUUCGCCUGGAUUUCAUCAUCCGACCUGCAAGAUGGGAAAUGAAGCCAGUUACCCCCUGGAGAUGUGCUCGCAUUUCGAUGCUGAUGAGAUUAAGAGGCUAGGGAAGAGGUUUAAGAAACUCGACCUAGAUAACUCUGGCUCACUCAGCGUGGAGGAGUUCAUGUCGCUGCCAGAGCUACAACAGAACCCGCUGGUGCAGAGGGUUAUCGACAUAUUCGACACAGAUGGGAACGGAGAGGUGGACUUUAAAGAGUUCAUAGAGGGAGUCUCGCAGUUCAGUGUCAAAGGGGACAAGGAACAGAAGCUUCGAUUCGCUUUCAGGAUCUAUGACAUGGACAAGGACGGCUACAUCUCCAAUGGCGAGCUCUUCCAGGUGCUAAAGAUGAUGGUAGGCAACAACCUUAAGGACACACAGCUCCAGCAGAUCGUGGACAAGACCAUUAUCAACGCAGACAAGGACGGAGACGGCAGGAUAUCUUUUGAAGAGUUCUGUGCAGUGGUCGGUGGUCUCGAUAUACACAAAAAGAUGGUCGUGGACGUGUGAGUGCUCCUCCGCUUGCUGACUCCCCCCUCCUUCCUCCUCGACACUCGCUUUCUCCACCAUCUCUUAAGAUCUGCUCAAGACGUCCAGCAAAACGCUCUGUGUAACUCAAUGGAAGUAUUCUCUCUUUCUCUCUCUCUCUCUUUCUCUCUGUCUCUCUCUCUGUGAAGCUACUUUUUCCUUUCAAAAAUCACAGGCCUCGCGAAGCCAGCUUUGAAGUGUUAUUGAACUGUCACUCCUCUCAAUAACCCGGUCGUAGCACUUUAAGAGACUGAUGGACAUCUAUUUAGUCAUUUGCAAGAGCAUCUCCGAUUCUGGAUGAGGGGGGCGGAAAGUGGGGAGGGGAAAAGUGGGCGCAGUGAAGAGGCUGGUUGGCUUGUUCAUAUUUCAUCCUUUCUUUUUUUUUUUUGUUAAUUGUUAUUUUUGAUAUUUAUUUUUUGUUCUUGUCUUUUAUAAAGAAGAAAAAAUACAAGUAUAUCCGUGGCUGUCUCGAGUAUUUUAACACUUGACUUACAGUACAACUAGAAAGUAGGGUAUGAAGUGCCAACCAGAACAUAUCCAGAAACCAGUCCAAGUUAUUACCUAUCAUCACCGCUGUCAUUCAUGUCGGACAAACUGGCUUGUGACACUUCCAACUGCAAGACUGCAAAACUAAAUUUUCUGACUUUUUGGCUUCAGUUUUAACUUAUAUGCGAGCAGUUUGGGUUAGACCAGUAAAGCUUCCAGUCACUUUUAGCACAGCAAUGCAUUUUUCUUUUGUGAUAAGACUGCUAGUUUUAUUCAUACUUAAGAAUGUGUUUAUAUUGUUGGAGAUAAUCCUUGUUUCAGUCAUGAAAUUAUAGGUAGAUAAUUUAAUGCCAAGAAAAUGUCUUUCCAGAAUCUGUGGCUGCAAACUGAUACGUGGUUUACUCUUGAUGAAGCAUUUUGCGUUUAACAGUGUGCACCCAUAAGACAAUCUCCAAUACAAAGAAUAGCUCUGCACUCACACUGACAAAUGAACUCUAGUGAAUUCAUUAGAAUUUAUUUUAAGUUAAGAACAGAGACUAGAUGGGCUUAGAACUGAGAGGAAUAGUUUGAGUGAAUCAAUGGUGCGAUACAUAUACACCGUUUGUGCAAGUACAUAGCAAUUUAAGACUUAUCUGCAGGCAGUGUUUUUAAACAAUAUGUAUAUUAGGUAAUCAAUGUGUGCUCAUGUUCUUUAACUGCUAGAGAAAGAGGUGGUUUCGUCUCUGCUUUACGUGAGCCCUUCUGAAUACUUACCUUUCUUCGUACAGCGCAGGGCAGGUCAGUUUUCUUUAACGCACAACUUAAAAUCUUAACACGUUAUCACGAUCAGUGUGCAGUGGGAUAGACUGUAUUUUUUAUAGUUUUGCUGAAAGCUUACAUUUGGAAAGUUGGCUUCUUCUCAGACUUUAUAUUCGGGUCACAGUCUUCUACUUUUCUUCCCCUCCCACCCACUAAUACAAACAGGAAGUACAAUAUAAAUUCAGCCAAAUUUUAAUUUCUAAGGGAAAAAUGCUUCUAUAAACAGCAUCAGGAUAGCCUUCUGCUGUAGAGGCCGACUGCUGGUUUGAACAGAGGUUUUCCGUCAGAUGUGAAUCUGGAGUGCUCCGUUGUCCCUUAUCCCUAAGCGCUGCACGGCUUGGGCCUCCCUGUGCUUGCAUGACAUGGAAAUUAUUUUUUUUGUUGUGCAUGUAGAUCAAUUUUUUGAAAUAAUCCUCUUGUUUACACAUGGAUGGUGAUGUUAAUAUAUUUUAAAAAAUUUAAUGGUAUACAAUAUGGAUGUUGCCAAACUUUGGUAAAUGUACACAUAUUAUGAGAGGUACUCAAAAUUAACUACAUAUAACUUUUUGUAUUUUACCCAGGUCAGUGAGAUGCUUCUAUUCCAGUAAAAGUUGCAUAUCUGAUCCUGUCUCAAACUGCCACACACUGUACUCAGCUUAAAGGGGAAAAGUUGAUGUUUUUUUCUCUUUUGUAUAUAAGUAUUUGUUAAAUGCAGUUCUGGCUCUCUGUUCUCUGUAUAGUUCAGACCGCGCUUUAGUUUGAAAGUGCUAUAAUUUCUCUGAGGGACUUUGUGUGGAGACCUUUGAAAAGAUUUAAGUUUGAGAACCUUUUUUUCUGUUUUUGCAUGCUGCAUCUUAUGCUAUGGGACUGUUGGAAACUUGAUACUGUAUGAAAAUAAAAUUUAAACUUUGAAAUGUAAAAAAAA